AUGUAUCUCAAUGAAUCUAAUUUUUGUGUAGAGUGUCCAUACGAUUGCACUUCCUGCCUCAAUUCAGAAAAGUGCAUCACAUGUCUUGAAAAUAGAUUUUUACAAGAACACAAAUGUUUAACAAGUGACGAAUUAAGUGCUGUAUGUGAUAAACCACUUCCCAGUGGACAAGGUUGUGCGUUUUGUAAGGAUGGGUAUUACAGAAGUGGUGAUGGAUGUAAAGUGUGUAACGAAGGGUGUGCUACAUGUACAGAUAACAUUAAGUGCAACACAUGUCAAAGCGACUAUUUUAUGAGUUACAACUAUGGCGUCUGUAAGCCACAAAAUGCAACAAGUGGGUGUUCUUUUAUAUCAGUUUCAUUGGGGUGCACUAAUUGUAUUUCUGGGUAUUAUUUGUACCACAAAGAGUGUGAAAAAUGUGAAGACAAUUGUGUUCAGUGCACUUCAUUUUUAAGAUGUGAAAAGUGUGCAAGUGGAUUGAUUUUAAAAAAUUGGGCGUGUAAGCCGAUGUCCUCAGUUAAAGAGUUCAAAGAAAAGAUGUUACACAUUUCUAAUAUACCAGACGACCUUGAAAUGGUCAAAAUAUAUCAAAACAUCUUUAUAGAAAAGCUUCAACUUGACUUUAAAAAUCCAAAUAAUGAGGGAGAGUUAUUAGUGAACCAACCAAACAUACAAACCUUAAGAAUUGGUAAUAUUGGGAAGACAGUAAAAAAGCUUAUUCCGGUGAAUACAGAGAGUUUUAAAUAUGAAAUGCAGUGUAUUCCCUGUGAAGUUCCAUUAAAGAAGAAUAAGAUGUGUACUUUUACUAUCACAUUAACUCCAUUUUGUUCGACUCAAUUAAAGGACACUUUAAAAUUUCGCAUUUUGGAUUUAAAAGAAGGCAGCGAAAAUAUCAUAGAAAUACCAAUUUCAUACACCACAGCACCUUCAACAGCUAUAGACCCAGACGAGUUGGAAUAUCAACGACAAAUUGGAGAAGGCGGCUUUGGUGUUGUCUUCAAAGGGAAGUAUCGCAACAACUCCGUUGCUAUUAAAAAGAUGAAAUACGCGAACGACAUGGACGACGAAAUGGCCGAACUUCGAAAGGAAAUUGAGAUGUUAGACAAAUUCAGAAGUGAGUACAUCGUCCACUUCUAUGGCGCCAUUUUGAUACCAACACACGUCUGUAUGGUCACUGAAUAUGCCAAAUACGGAAGUCUUAAUAAACUAAUUAAAGUGGUCAAAGCGAAAGAGCCAAAUUUACGACUAAAAGUGAAGAUGAUGUUGGACACUUCUAAAGGGAUUUUGUAUUUACAUAACAACGGAAUUUUACAUAGAGACAUUAAACCAGAUAACAUUUUGGUCUUCUCAUUUGAUGAGAAAAUAGGAGUGAACGCUAAAUUGACUGAUUUUGGAUCGUCAAGAAAUAUUAAUUUACUGAUGACUAAUAUGACCUUCACGAAAGGUAUCGGCACUCCAGUGUAUAUGGCACCUGAAAUUUUGGAACAAAAGAAGUAUAAAACACCAGCAGAUAUCUAUUCAUUUGGUGUCACUUUGUAUCAAUGUCUGAUAUGGAACGAAAUGUAUACAAAAGACCAAUUUCCGAAUCCGUGGAAUAUAGCAGAGUUUGUUAUUGCUGGUAAUAGACUGAAAAAAGAGGGAGAAAUGACAGAUCAAC